AUGAUGCUCAACCUGGCCAUCGUGGUCUUUGCUCUCUGCGUUGCUGUCAGCACCCUCUCCUAUGACGCAUGCACGACUACUAUCGUGUGCCCUCCGGCCCAAGGUCCUAUGUGCGGCGACUCGUUCUUUUGCCGUGUCGGCCAGAUCUGCUGCCCCAAUAUGGAUUUUCACUGCGCGGAUCCCGACAAGGUCGGCGAGCAGUGCCCUCACUAA